ACGACGCUGACUAAACGCACGCAAACCUUUCCCGCCUCGAUAAUCGAAGCUCGCUGGAGUGGUCGCCGCCGCGACGCGCUGCUACUCAAGGCACCAAUGUAUCGCGUAGCUUGUGUUGUUGACACCAGCCAACCCCCGAUGCACAACUGCGCUGAGCAGAAGGCGCGUUUGUCGACUCCCAAACGCGAGGACUACAGCGAGGCUGCCGCUGCGAGGUGACGACAGCAUGCUGGUGGACUGGAUCACAUAAGAAGCGGGACCGCAAGCCUACUGACAGGCCGUGCAUGAGCUGGGGCCUUUUGCAGCCAUGGACGGGACCUCGAAAGUUGCGUGCGUCUAGUGUCGCGCGACGUCGUAUCGGAACACGUGUAUUUUAUCUGGCGCAUUCGUGCAGCAAUGGCGGUUGUCCGGGGCCUUCUCGCGUGGCUAAGCUGCUGCCUCAUGCUGCUGCCGGGCGUCUCUGCGCGGGACGCCCAGCGGCCCAACAAGGUGGCGCUCCUGCCCGACGCCGACGUUGAUGCCAACGGGCCCAUUCGGCGGGCGUUGUACCUGCAUGGCAUCAGCGAGCUGCAGCUCGACGCGCCCUCGUGGACGGCGGCAGCCGAUACGGCCAUGUACGAUCUGCUCUGGUCGAACGAGGCGCCGCCAUCCAACGCCCUCGGCGAGCUCGCACCUCGCCACCGAAUCAAUCAUCUGGACGGCGCCGCGGUCUUGACUGAGAAGCUCCACCGCUCGCACGCGGCGCUGCAGCGGCAAUUCGGUGCCUUUGACUUUGGCUUUGUCGCACCUGCGUUUCGCCUUCCGCAGGACAAACCAGCGCUCCUACAAGCGAUCCGUGACGUUCUCAACACCCCGCUGGUGGCCGAAAAGGCCACCGUCGACGCCGCGUACAAUCGCCGCUGGCUCGUGCACGCCAGCGGUCACACGUCGCUCCUCAAAGGACUGCCGCAAGUGCAGAGCGACGACGUCCCACCGGACGCCGUUGUGACCAAGUACGUGGAGCCACUCCUCAUCUCGGGCCGCAAGUUUGAACUUCGCUUCUUCGUGCUCAUUGCAUCGCUCGAUCCGCUACGUGUGUAUGUCUACGACAAUGCGCUUUUGCGCUUCUGCACGCAGCCGUACCCGACAACGCUUGAUGCGAGCGCCGACGUCGCCUCGUACAUUGUCGACGACAACGACUACCUCCCGCCGUGGGAGCUGCCCGACUUGCGAGACUACUACACCGAGCUGCCGUCGUCGGCCACCGAGGGCAGCAACCACUGGCGUGUCUUGCAAGCAUACCUUCGCGACCACAAUAUCGACGUCGAUCGCUUUCACAAAGAGACGCUCGGCGCGAUCUCAAAGCUUAUUGCGGGGCGGCGCCAAAUGCUCCUCGACGCAGCGACGACCAGCGGCGCGUUUGAGCUCCUCGGCUUUGUGUUUCAUAUCCAAGACGACGGCCAGCCUUUUCUAGACCGGGUCGAGCGGUCGCCGUCGCUCGUGCCCCGGCCAGUGUUUGCAACCGGCGCGGAGACGGGUCUCCUCAACAACGUAGCCGCCGACGUCAUCCAGCUCGUCGGUGUCCGUGCGCCCAACGAACCGGACCUCCAAGAGGCAACGCUACUCGCCUCGCCAGCGUACUGCAAGAGCAAGUGCCGCGACCAGCUCGCCACGUGGGAUAUGACCUGUUGGCGGUGCCCCGGCUGGUUCUCACCGCCCGUCGCCGCGCAGCUUCUCGGUGGCGCGACCGAGUACAGCCGACGAGGCACGUUCCAGCUCCUCUUCCCGAGCGUUCAAAAGACAGACGCCAAGUUUCUCCAAGGCGGGCGCUCGAUCCACGACGAAGCCUUUUUUGCGUACAUUGCGUCGUUUGCCACUGCGGCGGCGGGCGGCGCCGUCGACCCGACCGUGCUCUGCGUCAACCGCGAGCAGUGCAGCGGCCACGGCGACUGCAUCAACGGCCGAUGCCGCUGCGACCUCGGGUUUGAAGGGUUUACGUGCUACAUCCCGCGCGAUCCCAACAUGCCGGCGUGGACCGAAGCGCCAGUGCAACUACAAGGCGCCAACCUGCGUGCCGCCGGGUCGACGAUGUCAACUCGCCCGUCAUUUACGCUCGUGGCGCUCGGUCUUGGCGUGGUUUGCUUUGCACUCUACCAGGUCGCGCUCAAGUACAUCGUAGUUGCGCAGGCGGAGAAGGACAAUUAGAGCUUAUCGGAAUAUCAAGUUGAUAUGAUGUGGUAUGUC